ACACACNCGGCUCUCAUCACAUACACCCUGGGCUGAGCGGUUCUGCCGGCUGCAGCCGUGGGCCCCUGCUCACCGUGCGGCUGCCACUGCCUGCGAAAUGACGGCGGUUCCCCUCACUUCCAGGAAUCCACGCUUCCUGGAAGGUGAGUGGCUGGGCUCACCCCUGCCUGCCACCGAGACGCAGACAUGCACACACCACCCGCACUCCCUCGCCGUUUCCAAGGCGGCGGCCGCGUUCGCACCCCAGGGUCUCACCGGCAAGGGAAGGAUAAUCUGGAGAGGGAGCUCUCAGGAGGGUGUGCUCCGGAUUUCUUGCCUCAGGCCCAGGACUCCAACCAUUUUAUAAUGGAAUCUUUAUUUUGUGAAAGCCUUUGCGCAUAUACCCAUGCAUGUUCAUGUUAGCAGAUAAUAUAGACGGCUGUGAUGUUUAUCCCAGUAGGUAGCGGGGACUCAUCUCUGGAGAAGGAGUUCCUUGGGGCCCCAGUGGGGCCCUCGGUGAGCACCCCAAACAGCCAACACUCUUCACCCAGCCGCUCGCUCAGUGCCAACUCCAUCAAGGUGGAGAUGUACAGCGAUGAGGAGUCGAGCAGACUGCUGGGGCCAGAUGAACGGCUCCUGGAUAAGGAUGACAGUGUGAUUGUGGAGGACUCAUUGUCAGAGCCCUUAGGCUACUGCGAUGGAAGUGGGCCAGAGCCUCACUCCCCUGGCGGCAUCCGGCUACCCAACGGGAAGCUCAAGUGCGAUGUCUGCGGCAUGGUCUGCAUUGGGCCCAAUGUGCUCAUGGUACACAAGCGCAGCCACACUGGGGAGAGGCCCUUCCACUGUAAUCAGUGUGGUGCCUCCUUCACACAGAAGGGCAAUCUGCUUCGCCACAUCAAGCUGCACUCGGGGGAGAAGCCCUUCAAGUGCCCCUUCUGCAACUAUGCCUGCCGCCGGCGUGACGCACUCACUGGCCACCUCCGCACACACUCAGUCUCCUCCCCCACCGUGGGCAAACCCUACAAGUGCAACUACUGUGGCCGGAGCUACAAACAGCAAAGUACCCUGGAGGAGCACAAGGAGAGGUGCCACAACUACCUACAGAGUCUCAGCACUGAUGCCCAAGCUCUGGCUGGCCAGCCAGGUGAUGAAAUCCGUGACCUGGAGAUGGUGCCUGACUCAAUGCUGCACCCAUCGACGGAGCGGCCAACUUUCAUUGAUCGUUUGGCCAACAGCCUCACCAAACGCAAGCGCUCCACCCCACAGAAGUUUGUAGGCGAAAAGCAGAUGCGCUUCAGCCUCUCAGACCUUCCCUAUGAUGUGAACGCCAGCGGUGGCUAUGAAAAGGACGUAGAGUUGGUGGCACACCAUGGCCUGGAGCCUGGCUUUGGAGGGUCUCUAGCCUUUGUGGGUACAGAGCAUCUGCGUCCCCUCCGCCUCCCACCCACCAACUGCAUCUCAGAACUCACACCUGUCAUCAGCUCUGUGUACACCCAAAUGCAGCCCAUCCCCAGCCGACUGGAGCUUCCAGGGUCCCGAGAAGCAGGUGAGGGACCGGAGGACCUGGGAGAUGGAGGUCCCCUCCUUUAUCGGGCCCGAGGCUCUCUGACUGACCCUGGGGCAUCCCCCAGCAAUGGUUGCCAGGACUCCACAGAUACAGAGAGCAACCACGAAGACCGGAUUGGUGGAGUGGUAUCCCUCCCUCAGGGUCCCCCACCCCAACCUCCUCCCACCAUAGUGGUGGGCCGGCACAGUCCCGCCUAUGCCAAAGAGGACCCCAAACCACAGGAGGGGUUACUGCGGGGCACCCCAGGCCCCUCCAAGGAAGUGCUUCGGGUGGUGGGUGAGAGUGGUGAGCCCGUGAAGGCCUUUAAGUGUGAACACUGCCGCAUCCUCUUUCUGGACCACGUCAUGUUCACCAUCCACAUGGGCUGCCACGGCUUCAGAGACCCUUUUGAGUGUAACAUCUGUGGUUAUCACAGCCAGGAUCGGUAUGAGUUCUCUUCCCACAUCGUCCGGGGGGAACAUAAGGUGGGCUAGAGACCUCUUUCCCCACAGCCUGCUCUCAGCCCCGCCCCCACCCCACUGCCCCACCUACAGGUGUCUAGCCCAAUUCCUGUUACACCCUAAGGAGUUUUGCGUUGUAGCCCCACCCACUGGCCGCCUCACUUCACACUUGACUUUGCCUGUUCCCUUCUACCCUAACCGAUUUGAGCAUUUCGAAGAGACAAGUCUCUUGCUUAUAUUUCUCCUUCUAACCUCUCUCCCCGGCACAUUUGCUUUUUUUAAUUGACUUUAACUUGGCCUUUUCUUAGUUUACUGCAAUCUCUGGCCACUCCUUCAUUCUUCUGCCCAUGGCUCCCUUCUGCUCUAAGCCUAGAUUUUUUUAAAUUUUAUUAUUAUUAUUAUUAUUACUUGUGUGUGUGUGUGGAUCCCACAUCCUCCAACAGCUCCAGGGGUUGGAAGCUCCUCUCUGUGCGAAGAGACGUUGGGCUUCUUGCUUUAAUCCUCACCCUUAUUUAUCUGACCCUUCACUUUUGAUGCUGAUACCUCCCAACAGCCCCACCUUAGCUCUGUGGCAUUAUUAUCUCCUCUCUGGGACCUUUCAGCCCGGCACUCCAUACCUCUCGUGCCCACUCACUUUAGGCAGCUUGCACUAUUCUUAAAUGAAUGAAGAAUUUCCUCAUUUGCAGGUAGGAGGGGCUGUAGAAACUCUUCCCCAGGCACUGUGGACUGAGGGUCCUCUUGACCUCACCUGGGAAUCCGAGCUCCCUAAAGACUACAUUCAGGACCUCCCUCUAGGAUGUGAUACCACCCUUCCCUCUCCCUGGCUCACCCCUCAACACCACUCUGGUCUCAACUCGCCACUCCUGUCAGUGGUGGCUUUUCUCUUUCUCUCCUUGGAAUGCCCCCAUUUUAUAUUCUCAGGGGCUAAGGCUAGACCUGCAACCCUCUCUCUGACACCCAGAGAGAGCUGCAGGUACCUAGCUGAGAACCAGGGCAUGGGAAGGGGGAUGGGUAGAUCUCUCUCCUCCACCUUUCAAACACUUACACUCCAGUGACCUUCCUAGGCUCUCAGGGACUCCUUCUGUCCCCAUAUUAUGAGAAACCAGCAGGUUGCUGCUCGAUGACCAGGGGUCUCUCAACCCCGUCAGUCACGCUGCCUUUUUCCUCUCCCUUCCAGCAGGACUUGCCGUCUCGUUCCCAGGCUCCUGGGCCCUGUUAUGAUCAAUGGCAGGGAGAAAGGGGGUGUCUCUUUUCACUCUGCCAAUUUUCAGUAUAACCAAAAAAUUGUCCCAGGAUGAACUACACGUAUGUGCCCGUCAACCAUUCCACCCUUGUCCCAGCAAGAAUGGGACGGACACAGCUGGGAGUCACCUCCACUGCCCUUUCCAUACUUAGCUCCAGACACAGGGCAGGAGAGACAGUCUUCUCUGGUGGUUGCAGACACUCUGGCUAUUCGGAUAAUUGAGGAUUCGUGAGACCAUGCAGGAGGAGGCAUAGCUCCAUUGCAGGUGGAAGUCUCUCUCUCUAAAGAGUUCCCUGCCAGGGCCACAACCAUCCCACUCUGCUUCUUUGAGAUUCAAACCAAAGGAUGUUUUUUCUAUAUUUAAAGAAAAGGAAAAAAAAAGAAAAAAAAAAAACCAAACACAACACCUCAUAAGUUAUAGUCUUGGUCUUCACCCUCCCUUUCUCUUCCCUUCCUUCCAUCUUCCUUCCCACGUGCCCUUUCUUUAUCUCUUCUGCCUCUCCCUACUUUCCUCACUCCCUGUUAGGGACUUGGAGAGGCUAAAAAAUAAAGAUAAAGGGUGGGCUAGUUCAGAUCCUGGGACUGGGGCUCUUAAGCAUUCUGAAAAGAGUCAACUUUCCCCUAUCGGGAGAAGGGUAGUGGGGUGAAAACCACUCUUUUCUCUUCUUCCUUCUGCCUGGCACUGCUUCCCAAAAGGACCAGAUUGGCAGAGAGCAGCUCUGUGGGGCUGUUCUUCCCUGGCAAUGUAGCAAUAAGCAGGUGCUGCCAAACGCAAGAGAAUGAGGGCUGAGCUCUGAAAGGAGUGGUCCCGAGACAAGGGAAGGGUCGCCACAACAGAGCCUUGGCACUAAUUCCUUCUUGGGCUGGCACACAGCUGAGGUUACUGUCUGGGCUUCUCCUCAACCAUUCUGGUUGUGAGCUCCCAUUAGACCUGCUCCCACCUCUUCUGUGUCUGCCCUGUAUUUGAGGACACCUCAGAAGGAGUUCCUCUGAGGCGCUAGAGCCUUAGAGUGCCCCACCCCUCCCUUUGUUUAGUCAGUCUUAGCACCUGUGACCUCCCAGGAACACAAAGAACUAUGCUCCUGCGAGGCUAUGCUAAUGCCCAUGAGAGCAGAGGUGGAAGGGACAAGACCAGGUGCUAGGGAGGAGGGGGCGUGGCGUCUCUCUCCAGCCCACCACUGCACUUUAACCAGGGUCUUAGGUACAAAAUGCUACUUUUCAGGGCCUUCCAGCUCUGGAACCUCAAACAUCCUCAUGCUCUCUCCCAGAUCCUUUUGCAUAAAAAAACAAAACAAAACAAAAACAAAACAAAAAAAUAAAGAAAAAGAAGAAAACAACAACAAAAAACAAAAUGCCAAAAUCCACACAGAGAAAAGAGGUGUUGUUCUCUCUUUUUUUUUUAUUACUCUUAAAAAAAACACCACCACAAAAAAGUGGAGGGAAGGGAGAGAAUUUCUAAAUAGACACUUUUCCAGACCUGUGUGUGUGUGUGUGUGUGUGUGUGUGUGUGUGUGUAUGUAUGUGUGUGUGUGUGUGUGUCAGUGUCCAAGCUGCAAGUGGAAUUUUAUAAUACUUCUGGCAGCUUCUUUCCUUGUAUAUAUAAUAUAUAUAUAUUUUUAAUCAGAAAUUAUGAAGAUCAAAAAUAGAAUAAAAACAGAAGCAAGUGCAAUACCACCUCUCCUUCUCCCCAGGGUUCCUCUGUAGCCUGUUCGGUGUCCUCUUUGGCCCUUGACCCUUGACCUUGUCUCUCUUCCUCUGGUUCCUGACCUAUCCUCCCCUUCCCUCUUUUUAAAGAGUUUUUCUCCUUUCUCAAAGGGGGUUAAACCAGCUUUUGAGACUUACUGCAAAGCAUUUUGUAUAUGUAACAUACUGUAAGUAAAUAUUUGUGUAAUGGAGAAAUACUACUGUAAGUUUUGUACUGUACUGGCUGAAGGUCUGUUAUAAAUAAACACGAGUAAUUUAA